AUAGCAGAAACUAAAAACUUCAACUACUCUGACAACUUAAACUGCUGAAAAUGAAAACAUUCACGGCUGCAGUCAUCGUGGCUGUCGCACUAACUAUUUGCAUUGAGGGGAACGCUGCCUUCCCAUUCACAGCAGUGGAAGACGUAGAGGAAGAAAAGAGCACUGAUGAUCCUGCUGCAACGCAAGAAGAGACGUCAGUAGAAACAUGGAUGAUGCCGUUUGACAUCGGGGAGAAUGGCGAUGCUAGCCCCGUCAGAUGCCGUCAUUGCUGCGACUGCUGCCUGCUCAGUGGCUGUGGCAUAUGUUGCCAGUGAGGCUCAGAUUUGAGUAGCUUCCAUCAAAAGCAGCUUUACUUUCUUAUCUUCAGCUAAAAAUAUGAUGUAUGUAUUUAUCCAUGCUGUAUUUACUAUUAUGUUCAAUAAACAACUGUGAUGAUUAGAAAGAGGGAGUGUCUAGGGACAAACAACAGAGGCGGCUGUAUUUUCCGAGGGUGGUCUGCUGUCCAAGUGCAAACCAGGCUCAGCUCUGCAGUGGUUCACUUAUUAUCCAGUACAGAACAUGGAGGUAUGGCAUCCAGCCAUGGUGGUGUGCAUGCUAUUGUGUUACUUUCAGCAUGGCUGGAUCGUGCCUCACUAUUAUAAUGACCACAAAGGUCAAAUAAAUGAUGCGGUGUUAAACCGGUGUAGAAAUAAUUAGGGAACACACAG